AUGCAGGAUGAAGAUGGAUAUGUCACCUUAAAUAUUAAAGCUCAAAAACCAGCUCUGACUUCAGUGGAACCUGCUUCCUCCCCUUUGUGGCGUGUGAUGGCUUUGGCUCUGCUGGUCUUAUGCGUGGGGAUGGUUGUUGGGCUGGUGGCUCUGGGGCUUAUGUCUGUCAUGCAGCAAAACUACCUACAAGCCGAGAAUGAAAAUCUCUCAGGAACUCUGAAAAUGUUAGUAAAGAAGGUCUGCCAAGAUUUAAUACAACUAUCAGGACAAAAGGAAAGUCAUAAGUGCAACCCAUGUGACACACACUGGCGAUACUAUGGAGACAGUUGCUAUGGAUUCUUCAAGCACAACCUGACAUGGGAAGAGAGUAAGAAGUACUGUAUUGACGUAAAUGCUACUCUUGUGAAGAUCACCAGUAAGAACAUCCUGCAAUAUCUCAAUAGCAGGACUGGAUUAAUUCGUUGGAUUGGAUUGUCCCGCCAGAAAUCCAGUGACGUCUGGAGGUGGGAAGAUGGCUCAGUUCCUUCCGAAACUGUGUUGAAGCUUUCUGGAACUGGAACAGAAAAUAUGAACUGUGCUUAUUUUCAUAAUGGAAAAAUUCACCCUACCUUCUGUGAGAAUAGACAUUACUUAAUGUGUGAAAGGAAAGCAGGCAUAGUAAAGGUGGAACAACUACUUUAA